GAGGAUGUUACAGUAAAAGAAGAGGAGGAUGCAGUUUUUGGAGUGAAAGAGGAGGAGGGGGAGAUGACUGUCACAUCCAAAAAGGAGGAGGAAGAAGAGGAGGAAACUGGAUAUCUCGGGCCGGUUUCCCAGACGCAUCUUAAGGCAUCCAACUAUGAAGUUAGCCUUAUGAUGCCUUCGGGAAACCAGUCCCUGGUUAAUACUAGAGCGAGACGGGACUAUCUUGGAUCCUCUGGGGAGCCUCAACAACCUCAUGAAGCUGAUGAGGCAAAGAAGAGUCUCUCUAGAUCAGAACACCUCAGUAAACAACAGCAGAGAUCCACAGGAGAGAAACGUUACUGCUGCUCCGACUGUGGGAAACAUUUCUCAAGAUCAAAUUCACUAAAAGUACACCUGAGAAUUCACACUGGAGGGAAAUCUCACUGGUGCUCUGACUGUGGGAAAAGAUUUAACUCUACAGUAGACCUUAAAAUACAUCAUAGAAUUCACACAGGAGAGAAAUCUUAUGGCUGUGAUCAAUGUGGGAAUAGUUUUUCUCAGCUAAAAACCCUGAAAUCACACCAGAGAACACACACAGGAGAGAAACCUUAUGGCUGUGAUCAAUGUGGGAAGAGUUUUACUGUGUCAAGCUCCUUGAUAGUGCACCAGAGAAUACACACAGGAGAGAAGCUUCACCAUUGUUCAUUUUGUGGGAAAAGCUUUUCAACAUCACACACCUUGAAGGUGCACCAGAGAAUGCACACAGGAGAGCGACCUUAUAGCUGUAAUCAAUGUGGGAAGUGUUUUUUUACAUCUAGCAAUCUGACAAAACACCAGAGAACACACACAGGAGAGAAACCGUAUAGCUGUAAUCAAUGUGGGAAGAGUUUUGUUCAAUCUGGAGAUCUGAAGAUACACCAGAGACUACACACAGGAGAGAAACCUUAUGGCUGUGAUCAAUGUGGGAAGAGUUUUAAUCAGUCAAGCAGCCUGAUAGUACACCAGAGAACACACACAGGAGAGAAACCUUAUGGCUGUGAUCAAUGUGGGAAGAGUUUUAAUCAGUCAAGCAGCCUGAUGGUACACCAGAGAUCACACACAGGAGAGAAACCAUAUAGCUGUACUCAAUGUGGGAAGAGUUUUGUUACAUCUGGCUGUCUGAUUACACACCAGAGAACACACACAGGAGAGAAACCUUAUACCUGUGAUCAAUGUGGGAAGAGUUUUACUCAGUUAAACAGCCUGAUUGUGCAUCUGAGAACACACACAGGAGAGAAACCAUAUAGCUGUAGUCAAUGUGGGAAGAGUUUUAAUUGGCUCAACAGUCUGGUAUCACACCAGAGAACACACACAGGAGAGAAACCUCAUAGCUGUAAUCAAUGUGACAAGAGAUUCUCAGAUAAAAGAUAUCUGAUUAAACAUCAGAAAAUACAUAGAUGAAGGAGUUGUUUCAUGAUAUCAAUGUAAUGUCACUGUUUUUAACAUUGUUGUAGGAUAAUUUUAAUGUUUGUUCAAUUGAUUUGAGAUUUUUGUUGUAAAGGGUUUUAACACGGUUUCCCAUGCUUGUUCAAUGAACCAUAAACAAUUAAUUAACAUGCACCUGUGGAACGGUCCUUAAGACACUAACAGCUUACAGACGGUAGGCAAUUAAGGUCACAGUUAUGAAAACUCAGGACACUAAAAGCGGCCUUUCUACUGACUCUGAAAAACACCAAAAGAAAGAUGCACAGGGUCCCUCACCAUAUGCGUGAACGUGCCUCAGGCAUGCUGCAAGGAGGGACCAAGGCAAUAAAUUGCAAUGUCCGUACUGUGAGACAGGGAGACAGGACGGACA